GCCGCGAAGCCAGCUCCUAUCCGCUCGGAUCCAGUAUGAUGCAUCCCAGGAUGCAACGCUCUGCGGUGCUAAUUCUCCGGUUUCUCCUUGCUCCUUUGAGCCUUCCUAGCAUUUUCGGUGUCCAAUCGCCUACUUCGUAACAAUCGCCGGCUCAACCUAGUCACCGUCAUUAUGUGAACGUAACAGAGAACAAGGUACCAAAGCGCAGCAAUGUCACUGCAUUUAUUGAAUCGUGCUUGUGCGCUUGCCUCCCAGCUGGCUAGGCCUGCAUGUGUGACCGCUACAUCGUCAAGGACUUUAUUCUAUACACGCGACCGCAAAGAAGGGUACGAGAGGGAAGACCCAACCGACAAUCUCCCACUGAAAGAUCAAGUCAAGCUUGGCAUGCAAAGCCUAAAAGAAGAAUUUCACAUGUUGAAGAGUGAAGUCGUAGAUGCCGUAAAAUCCGAUCCCAAGAUCUACUAUCCGGGUGACUCGGAAGUAUUCUGGAGGUUUAAUGAGCAGCACACUAUAGACAAGUGGAUCGUUACCACCGACAAGGACAAUGGCGAAGGUUUUAGCACGGCAGAGUUCACUUUAGGACCCGGAAAAACGGGAAUAUUUUCCGGCGUCUUGGAUCCGUCUCCACCGAAAGGAAGCAUGGUGAAGCGUACUGGAUACUGUAACGUGCGUUCAGAACGGAAAUAUAAGUCAUUCGCGAGGGACGAUUACUACGACUGGUCUGUGUUCACACACCUUCUGUUCCGUGUGCGCGGUGACGGCAGGUCUUACAUGAUUAAUCUUGGAAUGGACGGCCCCUUCGACAUUUCUUGGAACGUAAUCUACCACUUCAUCCUUUACACCCGUGGCGGACCCUACUGGCAGGUGGCCAAGAUACCGUUUUCCAAGUUCUUUCUCAGCUACAAGGGCCGUGUUCAGGAUAAGCAGUGUCCAAUCGCUAGGACCAGGAUUACAAACUUGGGUUUGACAGUGGGUGACGGUAUACCAGGACCCUUUCGGCUUGAAAUAGACUACAUCGGUGGUCACAUUGACGAUACACACACGGAAGAGUUUGCGUACGAAAUGUACGAGACCCCGGUCGCAUACGUACCCGGGUAUUAACUUGCGCGGUGUGUGGAGAAACUGAGUAAAUAAAAUGCAAGAAAUGAA